CGGUCGGCGGCGGUGCCAUGGGGCGCGGGGCGGCGGCGGGCCGGGGUCCUCUGGGUGCCCUGGCACUGCUCUGGGUGGCGGCGGUGCUCUGCCAGCUGGGCAGCGGCAGCGUCCUCCGUCGCCGCCUCCACGCCGCCGGUUUCCUCCAGCGGCGGCUCAGCGGCGGCGAACGGCGCGACGUGCAGCGGGAGAUCCUGGCCGUGCUGGGGCUGCCCGGCCGGCCCCGGCCCCGGCCCCCCGCCGCCGCCCGCGCCCCCGCCGCCGCCGCGCCGCUCUUCAUGCUCGAUCUCUACCACGCCGUGGCCGGCGAGGAGGAGGCGGAGGAGGAGGAGGCGGCGGUGUCGCGACCGGUGCUUACCGGGCUCAGCACCCAGAGCCCCCCGCCCGGUAGCGUCGUCAGCCGCGCCGACACCGUUGUCAGCCUCGUCAAUCUGGUCGAGCAGGACCGGGACAUCUUCUCCCCGAAGCCGUACUGGAAGGAGUUCAGGUUCGACCUGACCCAGGUGCCCAUGGGCGAGUCGGUGACGGCUGCCGAGUUUCGCAUCUACAAGGCGCGGGGUGUCACCCGUCAUGCCAACAACACCCUCCACGUCAGCAUCUACGAGAUCGCUGCCGAGCACUCCAACAGGGAGUCUGACCUGUUCCUGCUGGAUGUCCAGGACCUGCGUGCUGGGACCGAGGGCUGGCUGGUGUUUGACGUCACAGCUGCCAGCAACCACUGGUUAGUGGAUCGGAAAUACAACCUGGGGCUGCGACUCUACGUGGAGACAGAUGACGGGCACAGCGUCGACCCGGGCUCGGCGGGGCUGCUGGGGCGCCGGGGGCCCCGAUCCAAGCAGCCCUUCAUGGUCACAUUUUUCCGGGCGAGCCCCAGCCCUGCGCGUGUUACGCGGGCGGCCAAACCCCCGAGGAGGCGGCAGCCCAAGAAGACGAACGACCUCCCGCAUCCAAACAAGCUGCCGGGAAUUUUUGACGACGUCCAGGCUGCGGACGGGCGGCAGGUCUGCCGGCGCCACGAGCUCUACGUCAGCUUUCAGGACCUCGGUUGGCUGGACUGGGUGAUCGCCCCGCAGGGAUACUCAGCCUACUACUGCGAGGGGGAGUGCGCCUUCCCCCUGGACUCCUGCAUGAACGCCACCAACCACGCCAUCCUGCAGUCCCUGGUCCACCUGAUGAAGCCCGAGGCCGUGCCCAAGGCGUGCUGUGCCCCCACGAAGCUCAGCGCCACCUCCGUCCUCUACUACGACAGCAACAACAACGUCAUCCUCAAGAAACACCGCAACAUGGUGGUGAAAUCGUGCGGCUGCCACUGACGGCCGGAUCCCGUCCCUGAACGUCCCGUCCCAUCUCCACCGGAGAAAUGUGACACUGGGGUUCUGCCGCGUGUGUGGAAAAGGAGUUUCAUCAUAGCAAAGUCCAUUAAUAAUAAUAAAUAAUAAAAAUAAAUCCCUCCCACCCCUUCCUAGAAGUGGAUGUAAAUAAUAUAAAACUUUUAUUCUCGUACGACAUUUAAUGAGACACAGACAUAUAUAUACAUAUAGGAAAGAGAGGCUUUGCGGCUGGUUACGUGUCUGUUUUGUUCGCGGGCGCUGUGUUUUCCCCUGGCGCUGCUGGCUCACAGGCUGCUGCCGUCUCCGGUGUUCGCAGAGGCAGUUUGGGCUGAAGGGUAGUUAGGACGAGGGAGGCAGCAUCUGAGUUGCUCUGGGAUUGAGCUGUUUCUAGCCAUGUAUGUCUAACUCACUCACCUCUAACCAGCGCUUUUAAUUCCCUUAAUGAAAACACCGUCAGCUAAUUAAGUAGCUGGCUGACUAACCCGCUCCUGUUUACUUAAAGUUCACAAAACUCAGCCGGUUGGAAAAAAAAAAAGUAAAAAUCCAUAUUGAGCUAAGACACUGUUAUAAAAUAAACGCCUAGUUUGGAAAGUAAACACCUAAUUUCUCUUGCUGUUUGUUUUUUAAUAAAUGUCACGGCACAGCAGCGCUCUGUUCGGUUGAUGGGAUUUCGCAAUGAAAAAAAUACUCAGGAUUGGCUAAAAUUGUACCUAUUUGCUUGAAAAUAAACCCCGCCAAAGCGCUGUGAUGCAAGGUUUGGGUCAGACUGUGUCUCCCUGCUGGGAGAGCAGCUGUGUUCACCAGUGGAUGCUUCCUGUGGAUUCACAACAGCCCCAGGCAGCUUCCCUGGGCUAUUUGCACUUAUUUAACUUAUUUAUUUGCUCUGAUUUUAAAAGGAAAGGGCCUGGGCUGUUUUGCAGCUCGGGCACCCAGGGAACCUUGUGUCACUGAACAAAUAAUGAACCCGGCUUAGCCAAAUACAAAGGAAAAAAAUCCCAAUAAACCCACCAAAGUAAGAAGGACCUACUCCCUGCCAAUGCCUGGCUUCCUGAGAAAAGGUCUUGCCUCUUUAGAAAGAUUUAAUUUACCAAUUCCACACAAAAUACAGCUCAGGAUGUGAUCGUGGCUUCAUGCGACGUGGUGCCUUCUGCAGAGAGAAGGCCCACGGCUUCCACCGACUCCAUCGAGCAAGGGUGCUCUCUGCUUCAGGUGUUGCUGAAGAUUUCUGCAAGGUCUGUCUUCAAAAAUUUGAGACUUAAACAACAAAAAGAAGGGAGCCAGGAAGGGAAAUGCUGGGUUGGUUUGUCUGUUUGUCAGGUAUCACCUCCGAGCACCUGUAUCCUACCUUGUCCCAGCUGUAGGGCAAUGCACGACCCCCAAAGUGUGGGAAAUCAGCAAGUGAAUAAAAGCAACCCGGUGUUUAUUAUGCAAAAGCAACACCCCUGAUCUGUGAGCGGCUGCAUUGGUGAAACUUAAAAUCCCCAAUUGCACAAGCUCUUAAAAAUAUCCCCUAAACCCCAACCUUCGUCUCUGCCCUGACAGCCCCAGCCCUCCUGCGAACACCUGCACAAACUCAGAAUUACACAUCCCUUCCUCCCCGCAAACAUGCAUUCCGAGAAGUACCCAGUGCUGUAAUUUCAUAGGAAACCCCAAAUCAAUCACUUUCCAACGAUGUGGUUACCUUCACGGGGCACAGCCAG